AAAAAAUUGUGAAUCAUGGCAUUAUCAAGAGAUCAGAUUUAUAAAACUAAGAUUUUUCUUAGAAGUCAUUCAGAUGCACUUGACUGUGUUGAAGAAAUUGCUGAAAGAGACCAGGCUAGGUCACACUACCGAGCAUACAUGGGCGACCUCAUCAAUGGAAUGAAAGAGGAUCAGAUCCUAAUCGACUCUGAGGGUAAAAUUAUUGCUUCCAAAUCGCAAUCUCUUGCUGAAAAAUACCAAAUUAUGACAUUCUCUAAAUCAAUUUUUGAAGAAUAUGGUCUAGACAGAGUGUCAAAUAAAUAGAGAAUUCGAGAAUAAACUUGAUAAAGGAAUAGAAGACCUUGAACAGAGAAUCCUCAAAAAGACUGCUGAACUAAAAGACCUUAUAAAGUAGAUGAAUUACCCACCAGUUAAACCAGAUAGGACCCAAUGCGGAAGG